AUGAACUGCUUGAUACAGCUGGUCAUCACCGUACCCUCUACAGUAUACUCUUAUAAUGUCCUCCGCCGAUCGGCCCAGUACAACAAGAAAAGCCCGCACGAAAAGGACGUAUUAUUACAGAUCUUCUUCAUUUGCCUCAUCUUUAUCGGCUACAAAAUUGGGACGGCCAUUUUCGAGGCCAGCCUCCCCGCGAAUCAAUCGCCCACCAAGGCGCACAUAUUCGUCGAAAAUCUCCUAAAAAUCGGCCUUUGCAACGUCCACCCGCUCUCGCAUUUGCUCAUCAACGGCAAGGUGGGUACUUUGGCAAUAAAG